CUUUUGAUUCCAGCAAAUAAACGAAAAAAAAAUCUGGAACCUCAAAGUGUGACGAAAAAAAACUUUAACAAAAAAAGCUGCUGAUCAAGUGCAAAAAACGAACGAAUCAAGCUUGAAUUGGACUGAAGGGCAAAUUUAUUGAAUUUUUUUUUCACUUUAUUUUCAUCACUAAAUUUCCCUACAACCAGUGUGUGUUUUGUUGUCGUUGCUGUUUUUGUUUUUGUUGGUGGUGGCGAUGGGCAAAAAAAAUAGUAAACUCAAUUCAGAAAUGGUACAAAAAUUAACUAAAGAUACUUAUUUUACCGAAAAAGAAAUCAGACAAUGGUAUAAAGGAUUCAAAAAAGAUUGUCCAAAUGGACAGCUGACCGAACAGGGAUUCUUACGGAUAUAUAAGCAAUUUUUUCCACAUGGAGAUCCAUCGAAAUUUGCCUCACUUGUAUUUCGUGUAUUUGAUGAGAAUAAAGAUGGCUCAAUCGAAUUUGAAGAAUUUAUCAAAGCAUUAUCGGUUACGUCAAGAGGAAAUCUGGAAGAGAAAUUAGUUUGGGCGUUCAAAUUAUACGAUGUUGACAAUGAUGGAUAUAUAACAAGAGAAGAGAUGUAUAAUAUUGUCGAUGCUAUAUAUCAAAUGUUGGGCAAUCAAGCAAAAAUAUCGGAUGAAGAGGAUGAGAACCCUAAAGAACGUGUAGAUCGUAUAUUUGAACAGCUUGAUAAGAAUCAGGAUAAUAAGCUUACGCUUGAAGAAUUUAAAGAAGGCUCAAAACAAGAUCCAAAGAUUGUGCAGGCACUUUCACUAUAUGCUCCUUAGCAUCAACAACAAACAUCCUUAUCCCCUGAAGAAAAUUGGUUUGGUUCCGUUUUUUUUUCGUUCACUCUUCAUCGUCAUCAUUUUUGGCUAUCAAAAUGUAUUUCAUCAUGAUUCAUUUCAUUGCUAAACGAAAAAGAAGAAGCGGAUAUUUAUUGGGAAAAUGUUUAGCAAAACGUUGUUGAUGUUGUUGUACAGUUAAAUUCACAAUCAAAAUUUUUUCUCACCACUCACUGAUGCUUUAUAGUGCACACACUGCUAUCUGAAUUUAGAUCUUUAUAUAAAAAGCGAAAACUUGCAUUUUUUUUCUUCAUCUCUUCAUUCUCCAAGGUUUUUGAAUAUUGUGUCUUGAUCUUCAUCAUUCUUGUCAACACUAUUUACACUAUUUAUAAAUAAAAAAAAAUAUAAUAUUAAUUCACAUCCCAUAAAAAACAAAUAAAACUUAAUACA